AUGGCUCUCUCUGAUCUCUUGGAUCAGCUUUUCACCAAGACAAUUGUCCUAUUCACAUACAUGCUAAUAGAACUUAUCCUUUUCAUUAGGUACCUAAAGUCAGAUACACAUCCAAUUACCACCACCCAGUACCUCAAUUUCAUAGAAGAGAAGAACCCCACAAUUUGCUACACCAGAAGACUGAAGCCAGAGCAGAUAGAAUGUAGGGUGUGCUUAUCAGAAUUCGAGGAAGGGGAGAAGGUAAGAAACUUGAAUUGCAAACACACAUUUCACAAGGAUUGCUUGGACAAGUGGUUGCAGCAAUAUUGUGCUACAUGCCCACUCUGCAGGAACAAAGUGUUGCCAGAUGAUGUUGUGUCCAAAUAUCAAAAUCAGGUGGAAUAUGAUGCGAAUGAUGACCACCUUAUUUCUUUGUUAUCUGCAUUACGGGAUGGUAGUUCUUUGCACAGAUAUCUAUGA